GAAGGCCUGCCCUUACGUGGUCUCCAUGGACACGGUGGGUGGCUGCCAUGAGUCAGGCGGCACGGCGGCCAUCUUGCCCCGCCGUUAUCGCUACCGGCGCCGGAAGCGGAGACUCGGUGUUUCCGGUGACACGCCCCCUCCCAUCCAGCGACCAAUGAGCAUCGCGCAAAGCUUGUGGGCGGAGCCAAUCAGCGCGGCGGGAGGGAGGGACGGGCGCCAUUGUGGGACCGGAGGGAGAAUUCGAACGGACGAAGCGCCGCGAACACGGGAGGGAGUGAACCGGGUCACCCAUGGGCUCUGGUGCCGCUCGCUGACCGGGUGCGAUGAUGGAGGAGCGAGCCGUGAGGAUGAUGAUGAUGACGAGCCCCCCCCAGGGGGCACAAAUGGACGUUGGAGCCCCCUGAGCGGGGCCGGGCUGGAGGAGAUGGUCCGUGAGGCCACACGGCUGGCAGCACAGCUACAGCAAAGCCACCUGUCCCCAUUGCCCCCCAGCCCGGGGGGGGGCAGCCCCCGCAGCCCCCGCCGUGAGACCUUCGUGGUGAAGGACAGCCCCGUGCGGGCGCUGCUGCCCACUGUGCCCGCUGCCAACGUCCCCAAGGAGCCCCCCCGCUGUCAACCACCACCCAGGGGAGCCCCCAGCAGCAGGGGGGCGCCCAGCCCGAGUGGUGCCCCCCGGCCCUGCCCACCCCGGGGGGCUUUGGCACGGGGCAAGUCCGAGCCCCUCCGUGCAGGGACAGCAGCUCAGCCAAAGCCGAGGAGCAGCACUGCCACCCCCCCAACCCGAGCACCCCGUGCCAGAGCCACCACCAGCACCAGCACUGCCCCCAGAAGCCGCCCCCCCCCACCCAGUGCCAUCCCCAAACCCCCCGGCCGGGCUGCGACAUCAGGGGCUGCACCAGGUGGGAGGGGGCAGCCCCGGACCAGCACAGCAGCACCCAGAGGUGCCCCCCUCGGGGUGGGGGCUGCCUCCAGGUGCAGACUUGGACCCCCCAGCAGCCGCCUGCAGCCCCCCCGCAAGACGGCAGCCAGCAGCACCCCACGGUGACAGCAUCACCCAACAUGGGGACACGGAGUCACGAGGAAAGGGGGAUGGGGGGGGCACAGUGAGACCCCCCCCCAUGGAGAAGGCCGAGGCUCAGGUCGGGUUUUGCUUUAAUUACAAAAGGUCACACCAGCAGUAGGAAACCCCCCCCCCCGGCCCACCCGCCCUGCACACCCAGGGGUCCCCUCACCCCCCCCACAUCCUGCACCCAGCCCUAUGGCACCGCCUGAGCCUUGCCUUGGGGCUGGGGGGGGGACGACACUCCAUGCCAUCCACACCCACCAGCUGCCCCCCCCAGUGCCACAGCACAGCCGAGCAAAGGUGGCAGCUGUGUGCCCCCCCCCCCCCCCCCAUCCCCCUCCUGGGGGGGUUGCCACGCUGUGGGGGGGGGGCCCUAUAUCUUUUUUUUUUUUCUCCGUUUUUUUUUUGUAUUUUUCACGUAUUUUUUAAAUAAAACCCUCCCUGGGGCAGCAAUGCAA